AUGGGAGCGCUUUCAGGGUUACGUUCCGCCAUCAGAAGGUCGUCGACCGACAAGGAGGAUGCUUCAAUGCCUGAAAAAAGCAGAAAAGAACUCGAUACAGAAAGCGUCGUUCCUUCGGUCAAUGAUGAAUCACAACCAGAACAACUCGCUACGGAUGCCCAACGUGGUGUUCAAGAUGUUGAAGCAGUGACCUUGACUUGGUCAAAGCCCACGCUGAUUGCAGUGUUUAUCAACAUUUGGUUACUUUAUUUUGUUAAUGCCUUCCAAAGUUCGAUUCUCUUCAAUUUGAUCCCUUAUGUCACGAGCGACUUUCAAUCCCACUCGCUUGUCAACGUCAUUUACAUUGUUGCUAAUGCUAUCUCAGCAGCGGUAUACAUUCCACUGGCAAAAGUUUUGGAUAUCUUUGGUCGUGCUGAAGGCUUCUUGAUUAUGGCCACUUUUGCUACCUUGGGGCUGGUCCUCAUGGCGGCAUGUCAUAAUCUUCCUACUUUUUGUGCUGCUUAUGUAUUCUACUCUUUAGGCUUUGGCGGUAUGACUUUUUCGGUGGAUGUCAUCACGGCCGAUUCUUCCAAACUAAGAAAUCGUGGUUUGGCAUACGCAUUUACAUCGUCUCCUUACAUCAUCACUGCAUUUGCUGGUGCCAAAGCAGCCGAAGGUUUUUACUACGAUAUCAGCUGGCGAUGGGGCUUUGGCACUUUUGCAAUCGUUUUCCCUGUUGUGGCUGCUCCCUUGUAUCUCAUUCUCAAAUUCAACUUGCGCAAGGCCGAAAAGCAAGGCGUUUUGAACAAACAAUCCAACGAUCGUUCGAUUUUCCAACGCAUUUGGCAUGUCAUCACUGAAUUCGAUAUUAUGGGUGUUUUCAUGUUCUCGGCUGGUCUUGUAGUGUUCCUUCUUCCAUUCAACAUUGCCGAUAGCGCUCCCAAUGGUUGGGCGACUGCCUAUAUCAUAGCCAUGAUCGUUGUCGGCUUUGUGAUGCUUAUUCUCUUUAUCUUGUUCGAGACAUUCAUUGCUCCCGUUCCAUUGUUCAACUUUGCUCUGCUUUCGGAUCGCACAGUGAUUGGUGCAUGUUUGUUGAACGCUACAUACCAGCUCGCUUAUUAUUGUUGGUACAACUACUUUACAUCCUUCUUGCAAGUGGUCAACGACUUGACGUUGGCUGAAGCUGGAUACGUCGGCAAUACCUUUGAUGUCGUUUCAGGUGUCCUUUUGUUGUGCGUUGGUUUCAUCAUCCGCAAAACUGGUCGCUUCAAAUGGUUGCUCUAUAUUGCUGUGCCGUUGUACAUCUUCGCUCAAGGCUUAAUGAUCUAUUUCCGCCGCCCAAAUCAAUCCGUUGGUUACCUUGUCAUGUGUCAAGUUUUCAUCUCUAUUGGUGGAAGCAUGUUUAUCAUUAUUGAACAGCUUGCCAUCUUGGCUGCCGUCGACCAUCAACACGUUGCCGCUGUCCUUGGUCUGCAAUACGUUGUUGGCACAGUCGCUGAUGCUAUGGGUGCUACCAUUUGCGGUGCCAUUUGGACCAACACAUUUAAACCCGCUCUCGUGCAAUACCUUCCAGAAGCCGAUCUCGAAAACUUGGAUGCUAUCUACGAGGACUUGGAUACCCAAUUAAGCUACGAAGUUGGAACCCCAACACGAUUGGCCAUUCAAGAAGCAUAUGGUUAUGCUCAGACUAGAAUGCUUGCUGUUGGAACAGGCAUUAUGGGUUUAGCAUUUAUUUGGACCUUCAUGAUCAGAAACAUUGAUCUAAGAAAGGUUGAACAAGUCAAGGGCACAGUCUUUUAA